GUGAUGACGUAAUAAGCCGAGCGACAUCUCGGGGCCGACAGAUUCUGAGGGCCGGAAAGCGGUGGUCGUCGCUGUUAUGGUACACUGCAGUGGCGUGUUUUUCAGAAAGUAUGGAAACUUCAUUGAUAACCUGAGACUCUUCACCAGGGGAGGAACUGGUGGAAUGGGUUACCCUCGUUUCGGCGGAGAAGGCGGAAAAGGUGGUGAUGUCUGGGUUGUUGCCCAUGAAAAAAUGACUUUAAAACAACUUAAAAGCAAAUACCCUAAGAAAAGAUUUGUGGCUGGAGAAGGAGCAAACAGUCGAGUUAGUGCACUGAAAGGCUCCAAAGGAAAAGACUGUGAAAUUCCUGUACCUGUUGGUGUUUCAGUGACUGAUGAACAUGGAAAAAUUAUAGGAGAACUCAAUAAAGAGAAAGAAAGAAUUUUGGUAGCGGAAGGAGGACUUGGCGGUAAACUACUUACAAAUUUUUUACCAUUAAAAGGCCAGAAACGAGUAAUUCGCCUUGAUCUAAAACUUGUAGCUGAUAUAGGUCUUGUUGGAUUCCCAAAUGCUGGGAAAUCCUCUUUGUUAAGUCAGAUUUCUCAUGCAAAACCUGAAAUUGCGGAUUAUGCUUUUACAACAUUGAAACCUGAACUUGGAAAGAUAAUGUAUGAUGAUUUCAAACAGGUAUCAGUAGCUGAUCUCCCUGGAUUAAUAGAAGGAGCACAUAUGAACAAAGGAAUGGGCCACAAAUUCCUAAAACAUAUAGAAAGAACUAGACAAUUACUUUUUGUUGUUGAUAUUUCUGGUUUUCAGCUUUCUUCUUACACUCAGUACAGAACUGCAUUUGAGACCAUAAUACUCCUUACUAAGGAGUUAGAGUUGUACAAAGAGGAACUUCAAACAAAACCUGCACUCCUGGCAGUUAAUAAAAUGGACUUGCCACAUGCGGAUGAUAAAUUCCAUAAACUGAUGGAACAACUCCAGAAUCCUAAAGAUUUUCUGCAUUUAUUUGAAGAAAAUAUGAUUCCUGAAAGGACUCUUGAGUUCCAACAUAUUGUCCCCAUCUCUGCGUUUACUGGAGAAGGAAUUGAUGAACUAAAGAACUGUAUAAGAAAAUCUCUAGAUGAACAAGCUGACCAGGAAAAUGAUGCAUACCAUAAGAAACAGUUGCAUACUUUACAGAGUUCCGGUAUAUCGUAUAGUGAGCCACCAUCAAAGAAUGCUGCUAUUAGUCCUCAAAUAAAUAUAAGUUAAUUUAAAAAUAAAUACAGAUGUGUGUUCUUUUUCAAACUUGUCCACGGACGUAUUUUUGUACAUUAUUACUAAUCAGUUGAUAAAUAUAUCAUCAUAAAGGAGCCAUACCUUUUUAAGUUGUAUUAUAGUUAUAAACUUGCUAACAAUGACAGUUUAUAAUUUUAUGGCCACUUCACAUACAAUAAUGCCUUCUAAUAUUAUGAUAAUCUUAGCAUGGUUAAUAGUUUUUAAUUCUAUGAGUGGAUUCCCUAGAAUAUUAUUAGAAUAAUCAACUAGGUUUUAAUGUUUUUGAGUCUGUCAUGUACUUAGUUCUUAAUAUGUAAUACUUCUCUUUUUCUUGAAAAUACUUAAAAUGCUAAAUUUGGACAUAUGCUCAGUGAAAAUCUUAAUCCCUAGUAUAUAAUAAAACAGAUGGAUUUGAAAUUUUGGAAAAUUUUUAUAAGAAAAAGUAUUUUUUCUUCUUUGGAACAGACUGAUAACAUGUCUUGUUUGCUUGCAUACUAUUUCUCUUUCAUUGUCUACUGUCAUAUUUUAGUAAAGAGGAAAUAAGUAGGAUAUACACUCUUAAAAUUAAUAGCUCAAUAUUGCCAUUCAUUGGUAUAUUCUAAGAUGAUAAUUUCUAAAUUACUGCCUGAGUGAAAUUUGUUUUUUUACAAAUUACACAUUUUCUUGAGUUUUAUUAUAAAAUAUAUGGUUUAAUUAUUUUUUUUUUAAUGAGAAACAGCAUGGAUAACUUGAGGGUGACUCAGUGUCUAAAAUUGUACUUGCCUGGAGUCGAGAUGGGUGACCACGCUUCACUCCCUGUACUUCUGGAAGCCCUCAACAGUCUCACCCCCAUCCUACCAUCACUGCCAUAAGCUCAUCUAGACCCCCUGUUCCAGAGACACACAAAUAAGUUUUGAAAUCAACUAGCUGCAAAAAAUAUUUGGAUACCCAAGUCCUGACUGAGACCUUUGGGGCCACCUUGGAAUUGGGGCAGGCCAGCUCCCACCCUACCAAGGCCCCAAAGCAGCUGCAAUGCCUCUGGCCAGGCUGCCCAGUUAAAUAUUCUGAAUUUUCUGGAGCGACAUCUCCAAACUUUCCAAUACUAACAUCCCAAUGGUAGCACACUAAUUGGAUGGGAAUGUAAAGUACAAACCUGUAGGAUAACAUAGCCUCAGGUAGUUUAGGUUUAUUGGGUUACUCCCAUCACAGUGCUCCCAUUCUUCUGUGUUUAUUUGUAGCUUCUUUCUUAGUGUUCUGUUGACUGAAAUAUUGUUUUUCUCUUCUCCUUGAGUCCUUUGCAUAGUUUAUUCAGAGCAAUGUCCUUUUUUGUAUGGACACAGGAAGACCUAGCAAAUGCUAUGCUUUUGUAACCUGGGAGUCAUUUGACUCUACAUGAUAUUUUCCUCCUGGGCAUCUGUUUUCUCUACCUAAGCCUCAGCUGCCCUUACUUCCUAGCACCCCCAAAAGCAGGGUCCUGAUGAGGGACGGGCCAGACGCAGGGCAAGCAGUGAGUUGUGUGCUACCCUGGCAUCGAGAUGGGCCUGGCCAAAGUGCCUAAUGCUUAACUAUAAGUUAAGAGCUUGGUCAUGGACAAAUGCUGUC